GAGCUGCCUGCAUACAAAUCCACUAUCCCUGCUGCUUCAUAAACAACUGCUCAAAGAAUCAGAACCUGAUUCCAGGUGCUCAGACUUCUAGAACUGAUCGAUUGUUUUGAGGUCAAGAGAUGGAUCAGUCUUUUGCAAUCGAGGACACAUUAGAAAAAGGAGAUGCAUGCCUUAUUGCGUUACAAGGAAUCUUGGUCACACCGGAUAGCAAUGAAAGCCGACUUAUGGGGCUCGUGGAGAACAAAGAAACAUUAGCAAUAUUCUUGUACAAGCACAAGAGAAUGGCUAUUUGUGCUGAUGAUGUUUCACUGGAUGAAAUCAUUCCAUUGGCAGAUGGUUUUAUCAUAGAACAAGUGAUGCCGGCAGAAGGUUUUCAUAUUAUUGGAACUGACAUAACCAUCAGAAUUAGGUCCCUGGAUAUGGACAUUGUGAUGCAUCUUCCUUUUGGCUCCCACACUCAAGAGUUUCUCCGGAAAGUUAACCAGCCUCUUGAAGAAGCACUUCCUGGGUUCCCAUCUCAGCAGUUUGCUUGGCUAAGGAAAUACUGCCAACAAAACAUUCCCAAUUUAAACAGCCUAUUUUUGAACAACAUGAAUUAUGAGGAAGAUAGACCAGUAUCUGGGCUGGAUAUUAAUUCUGUAUCAGAUCUUGAAGCUGAGAAAAUGACCAUGAAUGGGCAGUGGCUAAAAGCCAAUCAAAGAUUUGACCCCUCCCGGUCUCCACAAAUGUCCCUUAGGCACAAUAAAAAUAAAGCCACUUUUACUGACAUGGUGCGAUCAGCAGAUGUACUCUCCGCAAACAAAUCCGAGAUGGUGCCUUUCACUAAAUUUGGCCUGCGAGACAAUUUAAUUAAGUCGGAACUUCUCAAGAACGAAGAUGCCUACAUUUCCAUUGAGAAUUACAGGUUUUUUGUUGGAACAUACAAUGUAAAUGGACAGUCUCCCAGGGAAAGCUUGCAGUCCUGGCUUAGCCAAGACUCGGAACCUCCAGAUCUAUACUGCAUUGGGUUUCAAGAACUUGACCUCAGCAAAGAAGCUUUCUUUUUCAAUGACACACCCAAGGAAGAAGAGUGGUUCAAAGCUGUAUCUGAUGGUCUGCACCCUAAGGCUAAAUAUGCAAAGAUAAAAUUGAUACGCCUAGUUGGGAUCAUGCUACUGCUCUACAUCAAGAAGGAACUCGCAGUUAAUGUCUCUGAAGUGGAAGCAGAGACAGUGGGGACAGGAAUAAUGGGAAGGAUGGGUAAUAAGGGAGGUGUUGCUAUCAGUUUCCGGUUUCACAACACUCGUCUGUGCAUUGUAAAUUCUCACCUGGCUGCUCAUGUUGAAGAGUUUGAGAGGAGAAACCAGGACUUCCGGGAAAUCUGUUCUCGAAUGCAGUUUGCCCAAGCAGAUCCUACACUUUCGCCUUUGACCAUUCACAAGCAUGACGUGGUGUUAUGGCUUGGAGACCUGAACUACAGACUGAAGGAUAUAGAGGUGGAGAUGGUUAAGAAAUGUAUCGAUAACCAGGAUUACAAAACUCUCCACAAAUUUGAUCAGUUGAAGCAGCAAAUUGAUGUCAAAGCUGUGUUUGAGGGAUUUACUGAGGGACAGAUAACGUUUCAGCCCACCUACAAAUAUGAUCCUGGCACUGAUGAAUGGGAUACAAGUGAAAAAUGUCGCACUCCUGCGUGGUGUGACCGUGUAUUGUGGAAAGGCAAGCAUGUAAAACAGCUGGAAUACCGAAGUCAUAUGGAUCUGAAAACCAGUGACCACAAGCCUGUCAGCUCUGUUUUUGAUAUUGGGAUAAAAGUAGUAAAUGAAGAACUGUACAAGAAAACAUUUGAAGAGAUUGUGCGGUGUCUUGAUAAGAUGGAGAAUGAUUGCAUACCUUCCGCUGCCUUGUCACAAAGAGAGUUUCACUACAAAGAUGUGAAGUACAGGCAACUUCAAGUACAGACAUUUACUAUUCAUAAUGAUGGACAAGUUGCUUGUCAGUUUGAAUUCAUCAGGAAACUCGAUGAGGAAUCCUACAGCAAGCCCUGGCUUAGAGCUAAUCCCAGUAAAGGAUUUCUUACUCCAGGUUCAAAUAUGCAGAUAGAGUUAGAAGUGUUUGUCAAUAACCAAACUGCUGCUACACUCAACGCAGCUGAAGAAAAAAUUGAAGACAUUCUUAUUCUGCACCUUGACAGAGGAAAGGAUUUCUUUUUGUCGGUGACAGGAAACUAUCUGCACAGUUGCUUUGGCUCAUCCAUUCAGAUGCUGUGUUACAUGAAUGGCUACAUGAGAGACAUGUCAGAAGAAUCCAUCAAGCGACUGGCUCACAUGCCCCUACAGAUGAAGGAAACUUUCCUUGGUGCAGAGGAGCCUUCUAAAAUCCCCAAAGAGCUCUGGAUGAUGGUUGACCAUCUGUAUCGUAAUGCAUCUAAACAGGAGGAUUUGUUCCAACAACCUGGGUUAAUGUCGGAGUUUGAAGCCAUCAGAGACUGCCUGGACUCUGGAUAUCCAGAAUCCCUACCUGGCAGCAACCAUUCUGUUGUAGAAGCACUGUUACUCUUCCUGGAGGCCCUUCCUGAGCCCGUCAUCUGUUACCAGUCUUAUCAGAAAUGUCUGGAGUCUAUUGGAGAUUAUUCUAACAGCAAAGAGGUUGUGUCCAUGUUACCGCUGUACCAUAAAAAUGUCUUUAAGUAUUUGAUCUCCUUUCUGCGGGAGCUGCUGAGUAACUCUGACGAGAACCAUCUGGAUAUCAAAAUUCUAGCCAGUAUAUUUGGAAACUUGCUGCUCCGACCCCCACCUGACUGGCCAAAACCCAGCAACUCGGACAAGUGGAAGUGCCAGGAGUUUGUACAACAAUUCCUCCAGCUUGGGGACCCAUGAACAUCACCCAAAGUAUAGUAUUUGACAGCUCCCAUUCCAGUAUUUUCUGCAUCAGUCAGGGUUACUACAACACCUUUGGUGAAUGGACAUUUGACCUCUUAAGAUUGUAAAUUUUAUUUGUCGUUUAUUCAAGACUGCAUAAUUUUGCUGGAUUAGCUCAUUUAGCAGAGAGUGUGUGCAUUCUGUGUACUGAACUGAUAUGAUGGCAGGCUUACUGCAUGAGACAUGCACUGAUUCUUCACGAUGGUUCUCUGCCAGGAAACAAACCUAUCUACCUGUGUUGAUUCAUUCAGCAAACCAAAAAUGAAACACCAACUGCACAUUGCUUUUCUAAAAUAUAUAUUGCUGUGCCUGCUUCUUCUACAAUGGAACUGGUUGUUAAAUUGGAUUUCCACACAAAAGAGAGGUAAACCAAGUGUCCCAAGAACGUAGCUGUUUAACUCGUGAAACAGCUUGUGAAAACACCUAGUUUUAUAGGUUGUUCAGAGUAAAUGGCACCAAGAAAUCCAAUGGGUUACCAAACCCUCUUCUAUAUUCCUCAGCUUCAUGGAGUUUUGUUCAUUUUUUCCAUCAUCAUCACUGCAAGCGAUUAUGGGCCUCAAAAUGCAGAGAUCUGUGUUUUGGAGAGAGGAUCACAUGCAUGCGCCUUAACCAGUGACAUAACAAGGGAGUAGCAGACCUGCGAAGACAGGGUGCACGUUGAGAACCUGCUCCAUUCCCACAAUUGCCCAUGGACAGGGGCGUAGGACCUGUGGGUGGUGGUGGGGUGAGGCCCAGGCACUUUUGUCAGAAAGGGUUCUUUUCCCAUAUGCUUUUAUGAUUGCUUGUAAUUCCAAACCAAACAUGUUCAAUUUCUAAAAAUUUGGUUCAGCCAUUUGAUUAUUCCAGUAUCGUCCUCAGAAAAACAACCAUUUAUUAUUUCAAUUUCAUAAUGGCUUAAGUAAUAAUUUGUUGGAAAUGUUUCAUCAAUUUGGAAGCAGAUUAAGUGCAUCCCUGAUUUUGUAGCUCCCAUCUUACAUCUUUUACCAGUGAUUAUGUCUAAAUUGCCUUUAUAGCAAGUUUAAGCACAGUUUCUGAAUAUGUUGCAGAUUUUACAGAUUAGGGAUGCACCAAAUUUAGCAUUCAGUUCAGACAUUGGUCGAAUAACAGCAUCCAGCUUUCAUAUGAACCAUAUCUAAAGGAUGUGGCAUUUGCUCAAAUCUGGAUAUGCAAACUAGGUUUGGUAUUUCAGGAGGAUUUGGAAUAUGGCUGAACCCAAAAAUUAUGUACAUUUAUUAUACUGGUUAUUUAAAAUAGGCAACAAAUAUUUUGUAAAAUACAGUUAAACCUUAAUUUUAUUUCCUCGGAUAUUAUGGUUUUCUGCAAAUGAUGCUGGUUUUUGCAUUAUGAAGCGAUUUUACAGUUUCCCUGUACUGGCCUGGACUGUAUAUAGGGAAUAAUGUACCCAUAUUUUAAAAUAUAAGAUAUGACUCACUGAAACUUGUGUAUAAUAAAAAAAAAUAUAGUCCCCUAUUCUAAAACAUAUGAAUAUUAGAAGUCACCAAGAGGCAUAGGGGUACAACAGGGUAUACAGUAUUAUAUUACAAGUUUCAGUAACUUGUGACACAAAUUAUAUCAAGCUACUGAUUAUAAAAAAUAACGUCCCUUAGCACCAUUUAUAAAGGUAUAUUUUACAAGAUAUUAAUGGUUUCUUUUUAUUACAUCAGCCAAGCUUAGUGAUGUCACUGGAUCCGCUAAAACGUGUGUAUUACAAGAAAGUCAACUUGAGAUUCCAUGACUUGCAGCUCUAUGCCUUUGUAUGGUCAUGGAACUCUUUGGUACAUUAUUCCCUAUAAAUAAACAAAAAUUUAUAGAUUUGGUGCUGGUGCUCAAAGAACUCUAAACAGGAGAGAAAAUAAUGCUAGUCGUUUGAGUACUGUCAUUUUCUUGCCUGGUAAAUCUAACGUCACCAUAGUAAUAUAUAGUAUAAAAACAUGAGCCAGCUUAAAAAAACUGUAUAUGCGGCUACCCUUUAUAGUCAGAAUGGCAAAACCCCCAAGCUUAAAUUGUAAACGAAGUCUGAUAUUUUUUAUUUAAUUUUUCAGUAGAGAUGAUUUACAGUUCUGCUAUAAUCCAUCAGACAGAACCUAACUUUGAAUUCGUUUAUUAACGUACUGUAUUGAAAGCAUGCAUUGGGACAUCACCUGUUCAAGACAAUUAUGGCAUUUAGAGUAGGCCACAGUCAAAAGAUUGUUUGCUAACUGCCUUCCUCUUUCUGGCCUGCAACUGAAAAUGCUAUAUGAAGGUUGGGCUGAUUAACCACAAUUUUAGACAUAUUGAUUGUGGAGUGUAUAUUUGUAUUCAUGCCCUUGCUACCAAGACUAAGCCCUAAACUUUAUCCCAGGACCUGCUAAUGCUUAAGGCUAAUGCCAGAUGGGGGCUGAAAUCAGCCUGCUUAAGUACACCGGCCUAAAAUCAGACAUUCGCCUCCUCUUGUGCCUGUAACCGGAACCAUUGUGUUGGCUCGCGUUCUGGCACACUCGACUGAUCUUGGCAAAGAAACACGACUGCAUUCUCAUACUGAAAUCAGUACAGUGUGCCUACACCCGAGCAGACACAAACAGUGUUGGACUGGGAAAGCAGGGGCCCACCCAAAAACAUUUCACCAGGGGCCCACUCUCCUUCUCCUUACUUAUCCUCUGUUCUCCUAGUCCCUCUUUCUUUACAUACUAUAAUCUAGUAUUCCAUCUAUUUAGCCUCUUUGUUCUCAUACAAAUAGGGAAAUAUGGCAAAUGUUUAGCAGCAUGAGGGCCCAUUGACAACUGGGCCCACCACGACUUUUCCAGGUAUCCCAUUGGGCCAGUCCGACACUGGACACAAUGGUUCCGGGUGCAGGAAAAAGAGAAGGCUAAUGCCUGUGUAGGUGCUGAAAUACAACCUGCGUGUUUCAGCAGGCCAGUUUCAGCUCCUUUUGGGCAUGCAUUAUCCUAAGAAUAUUAACCUCAUCUGCUUGAUACAAUUACUGCUGUCUGCACUAUAUGUAUGUAUAAAAACAUAACAUUUUGAGCACCCUUUAUUAGAUGUAGGUAACUUUAGUGGUAAUAGUUUCCUCCCUCUACAUCACAUUAUACAUUAAGGACCUGUAUACAACUAAACUCUGUUAGGCCUGGUUUCCAUUUGGUUUCAGUAAAUGCUGCAUCAUUAUUAACUGUCAACAAAAUGUUGCCUAUUACAUUUGUAUACAUAUGUUUGUUUUUUUAAAAUUGAAUGUAAAAAUGUGUACAGUUUUAGAUAUUUAAUAUGUAGUAUUUUAAAUAUAUGUUUAAUUCAAGUUGUUUUAUUUUCCAGCUACAUAUUUUUAAGCUUUUUUGAGUCUGCUAUGCUCUUUUCAAAGAAAAAAGGAACAUUGGUUUUAUACUACAGAUUUAUUUUAAUGUCAUAUACAAAAAAAAUUUUAUGGAUUCUAGAAAUGUGCAGUCUAUAAAUAAAAUCUAAAAACAA